AUGUGCACGCCCGUAUCAACAUUGGUGAUGCAAAAUCUACGAGGUACAUGCCGCCCAAGAAUGCCAACUACAGGGAUGCUUCACUACGACGACAUAUGUAAGCACGGUCACGGCAAUUCGAGGGUGCAUGAUAGCACGAAGUCAUGCCACACCACUUUGAUGAGAAACCUGAGGGUGCUCACUGGUACGGAGUAUUUGCAAGUCCAACACACUAUGGGAAUACUUGUGCGGAUUGAUAUGUCCGAGGUUACAGAUGACCAUCGUGGCAUAGACCUUGAGUUUUUCAAAACGCCCCGUGUUGGGCCCCAGCACGGGAAGCAUUUGUGGCAAAGCCGACAUCAAGUUGGAGCAUCGGCGGAAUCGAGUUCGAACUUGAGGCAUCAUUGGCGGGCAACCACUGUUGACCAUUCCUGCAUCCUUGCCAUCAUCCUUCGCACUUCUGGAUUUGUGAGCUUGGAUGUCCUGCCCUCCCUUUCCAUCAUCACCGAACCUUCAUUUCACACUCUGUCACAGACAAACCUGAGCCCACGCGCCUGGGAGAUUGCUGACGAGCCUCGAAAAAAAAAUCGUCACCCAACAACCACAGGAGAAAUCCAGGGAUGCAAGGCAAGUGAUGAUACUUACAAUCAUGGCCCGGUCCUCCUACGCAAACACACUGUGCACUAA